AUGCGCCCGCCGCGCCCGCUGCCGGCCCUCCGGCUGUGCCUGCUGGCGGGCGCCCUCGCCUGCGCCCUCCGCCCCGCGAGCGUCUGGGCCUCCAAGCAGGAGCUGUGUGACUUCAUGCAAAUGAUCGAGGCGGAGCACAGGCAGUGCCUGGAGAAGGACCCGCUGUGGAAUGAAACAGCAGGCUGCAGCAAGAUGUGGGACAACAUCACCUGCUGGCCAGCCACCCCGAGGGGCCAGGUGGUCGUCUUGGCCUGUCCCCUCAUCUACAACCUAAUCUCCCCGCUUAAAGGCCACAACGUGAGCCGCAGCUGUACGGACGAGGGCUGGACCGACUUGGUGCCUAGCUCCUACGACAUUGCCUGUGGCAUGGCUGGCAAAGAACCAGAUCUGGACGAGCAGCGGCAGAGGUUCUACGUUUUCGUGAAGAUGGGCUACACCAUCGGCUACGGCCUGUCCCUCACCACCCUUCUGGUCGCCAUGGCCAUCUUGAGCCUGUUCAGGAAGCUUCACUGCACACGGAACUACAUCCACAUGCACCUCUUCAUGUCCUUCAUCCUGAGGGCAGCCUCCGUCUUCAUCAAGGACCUGAUCCUCUUCGACGGCAGCGAGUCAGACGUCUGCUCCGGGGCCUCGGUGGGCUGUAAGGCCGUGGUGGUCUUAUUCCAGUAUUGUGUCAUGGCCAACUUCUUCUGGCUGCUGGUGGAGGGCCUGUACCUGCACACCCUGCUUGUAGUCUCCUUCUUCUCCGACCGGAAGUACUUCUGGGGGUACAUACUCAUCGGCUGGGGGGUGCCCAGCAUCUUCACCAUGGUGUGGACCAUCAUCAGGAUCCAUUUUGAGGAUUAUGGAUGCUGGGACACCAUCAAUUCCUCACUGUUGUGGUGGGUCCUAAGGGCCCCCAUCCUCACCUCCAUCUUGGUGAACUUCAUCCUAUUUAUUCGCAUCAUCCGCAUCCUGGUUCAGAAGCUGCAGCCCCCAAACAUUGGGAAGAGUGACAAUAGCACGUACUCGAGGCUGGCCAAGUCCACGCUCCUGCUGAUCCCCCUGUUUGGAUUGCACUACACCGUGUUUGCCUUCUUUCCCGAAGAACACUUCGAGGCUAAAGUGAAGCUGGUCUUUGAGCUCGCCGUGGGGUCUUUCCAGGGCUUUGUGGUGGCUGUCCUCUACUGCUUCCUCAAUGGCGAGGUGCAGGCAGAGCUGCGGCGGAAGUGGCGGCGCUGGAACCUACAGGGCAUCUUGGGCUUGGGCCCCAAAUACCAGCACCCACCUGGGGGCAGCAACGGGGUGACCUGCAGCACACAGGUGUCCAUGCUGACCCGCGUCAGCCCGGGGACGCGCCGCUCCUCCAGCUUCCAGGCCGAAGACUCCCUGGUCUGA